CUCCGCAUCUUUAUCUCUCUCUCUCUUUCGAUUGAUUGAAGAACAAAAGGCGCCGCCGCCGGACUUAUAUCUCACCGGAAAAAAAGAGUGAGUCUAAGAGUGAGUGAAUGAGUGAGCGAGUGUGAGUGACUUUUUAUCUCUUGCUAGCUAAUUAAUCUUUUUCCGUAAAGCUUCCUUAAAUAUUCUUCCCAAAAUCUUUUCUCUCUUUAUUCUUUCCAGAAUCAAAUAUCAACACGAAUAUAUCCUUUUUCGGAAACCAUCCAUCUCCCCACCACCACUUUCUCUCUUUCUUUCUUUCUUUCUUUCUUCAUGCUAAUCUUCUGAAAUCUCAAAGACACUCCUAUGGAAAUUACAAACAUGCUCUCUCCGUCUCCGGUGGUCAAGUACACUACUGAAUAUCGCAAACACACCACCAUUACAACUCCCAGCUCCAAUUCCAACCUAGUUUUCCCCAGACUUGUACGGAUAUCAGUAACCGACGGCAACGCCACCGACUCCUCCAGUGAAGAAGAUGCCGCCGGAAUGAUGACUUCAUCCUCGUCUUCUCGUCGUCGAAGAGUCAAGAGAUUUGUCAACGAGGUAAGCAUCGAGACGUGCGUUAACAGAGUUUGGAAGGAUAAGACGUCGAAGACGGUGAAGGAAACGCCGGCGGCUUCAAAGAAUCGUCGAAGAAAUCAUUUGCCUGUAACUAACAACAACAACCACCGCCACCGGAAUAUGAUAAAGAAGAUAAAAGGACAGGAAAAGAAAUUUCGGGGUGUGAGGCAACGUCCUUGGGGAAAAUGGGCAGCUGAGAUUCGAGAUCCUUUAAGACGUGUACGACUCUGGUUAGGCACUUACGAUACUGCUGAAGAAGCCGCCAUGGUCUACGACCACGCUGCAAUCAAGCUGCGUGGACCCGACGCGCAGACCAAUUUCACCGCUCCCACUCCGACCACAUCCGCCGCCGCCGCCCAAGACACCGUAACAUCUCCGACAUCAGUACUGGGCGGUUUGGGCUCGAUUUCUAACGAGGAAACAUUUUCAGUCCUACCGGAAGUACGAAACGACACCGUACCAGAAUCAGAAAUCCCACUCACUACUACUAAAGAGGAGGACGUGUCCUUUAUGUCCUUAUCGGAGGACCGAUUUUCGGAUUUCUCAGCGUUCGAUGCGCUGCUGCUGCCGCCCAACGAGAUGUUCGAUUUCCAAGACUCCAUACCCGAUAUCUUUAACGGGUCGUCGGGUCAAGUAGACUCUUUCUGGGAAGACUUCAAUACUCAUAAUGACUCGCUCUUUUCCCCUCCUCCGGGCGAGUUAUUCGAUUUCGGGUUGUCGUCUUCUCUUCCCGAGGAUGAUUACUUGCAGUUUCAAGAUAUCGGCGACAUAUUUACAUCGGAUCCUCCUCUUCUUGCCAUCUAAAAAGAUGCCCACCCACCCGGAAGCUUCUCAUGUUUUGUUUUCUACCGGCCCAGCUAGAAUGGGGGAAUGAAUCUUUCUCUUCUCAGCUUAGCCUAAUUUUUGUAUUCCUCAAUUAUUAUUAUUAUUAUUAUUAGAUUUUAAAAUAUAAUUAAAUUAGUGUACUAAAUGGCGGUUUAAGCUGUCUACCCUAUUAAUGUUUGCAAGUGUAACAAUUGAAGUUGUAAUUGUGAUGUUUUAAUUAAUUUGAGUAAUUAAUAGAGAUUAAGUUGUUAGUUGAGUGUGUUCAAUCAUAUAAUCUAAGAAAUGAGCGUCAUUUAUACAAGCGUGCAAAAGGUGUUGGCAGGGUAGGGUAUAUUGAGAGUGGACCAUAAACAUCAUGAAGCGUGCGAGCUUUAUACCUUUUCUUUAUAAAAGAUUUAUUGGUAAUUGUUAUUUAUUUAUUUUCUAAUAAGAAAAAUAUAAAGAUUUUUU